GCUCGCACUUAUCAGCUGCUGUGGGAGUCCGUCGCGUAAGAUAGUGAAAAGUUUUGUACCUCAACAACACCGAACGUUUGGGAAGGUUCUCACCUGGGCAGUUUUUGGUGGCACCAACGCUUUAGGACUAUAUUCUGGCAAGGAUCCUAAAAGCUUUCCAGGAACAGCAGCAGCCAAGAUGCCUAGCGCCAGGCGGAUGAUCCUGGGUCACGUCAUGUCCGGACUGUGCAGCAAAAUGAACCGGACCAAGCAGCUGCCGGCGGACUUAAUGGAAACCCCGCUGAAUCGAUGCCUCAACACGUUCGAUAUUACCUUGCUGGGAAUUGGUCACAUGGUGGGCGCCGGCGUUUACGUACUAACCGGAACGGUGGCUCGCGAAAUGGCCGGUCCUGGCAUAGUGCUGUCAUUCAUACUGGCCGGACUGGUAUCACUGCUGGCCGCCCUGUGCUAUGCGGAAUUUGGAACUCGGGUGCCGAAGGCCGGUUCGGCCUACGUCUACACGUACGUGUCAAUCGGAGAGUUUUGGGCGUUCGUCAUCGGGUGGAACAUCAUACUGGAGCACAUGCUGGGUGCGGCGUCGGUGGCCCGUGCAUGGAGUGGAUACGUUGACUCGAUGCUGGGAAACAUUGUGGCCAAUACGACGAUGGAAAUAACGGGGGAGAUGCACGAAAAACUGUUGGCCAAGUAUCCGGACUUUUUGGCGUUUGCCGUUUGUAUGGCCUAUGCGAUUGCGUUGGCAACCGGGGUGAAGGCAACGGCCAUGAUCAACAGUAUCCUGACGACGGUAAAUGUGGUGGUGAUGACGCUGGUGGUAGUGCUUGGGUUUUGGUAUGCAAAACCUGCCAAUUGGUCACUGCCGGAGCAAGGAUUUCUUCCGUACGGGUUCGGUGGAGUGCUGGCAGGGGCGGCCACCUGCUUCUAUGCGUUUGUAGGGUUUGAUAGCAUUGCUACGUCCGGAGAGGAAGCCAAGAAUCCGAGUGUAUCCAUUCCAGUGGCCACGAUCCUAUCGCUUUGUGUCGUGACCAUCGGGUAUGUGCUGGUAAGCGCCGCUCUGACUCUUAUGAUACCGUACAAUGAAAUCAAUCCGGCUGCGGCUCUUCCGGAUGCGUUCGGGGCACGUGGUAUUGCUUGGGCAAAGUAUGCUAUAUCUACUGGUGCUAUCUGCGGUAUGACGACAACGUUGUUGGGCUCGCUGUUCGCUCUUCCCAGGUGCUUGUACGCGAUGGCCAGCGAUGGGUUACUAUUUUCCUGCUUCGGUAAGGUAAACACCAAAACCCAGGUUCCACUGCUCAAUUUGGCCGUAUCUGGAUUUUGUUCUGCAUUGCUUGCACUGUUGUUUGAUUUGGAGAAAUUGGUGGAAUUCAUGUCCAUUGGGACGCUACUGGCCUACACCAUUGUGAGUGCUAGCGUUAUCGUGCUCCGCUAUCGACCAAUUUCCGUCGAGGAAACGGUCCACUUGGCACCGGAUACCCCGGGAACCGACGAAGAAGAGAACGCUUCAUCUUCGUCCCAAUCGAGUGCCGUAGAUCCGUCGUCUCCGACGAGUGAGAUGAUUGAAAUUGCUCUGGCCGGGCGAUUGCGGCCACAGUUUCGUUGGUUGGAGCCGAUUCUGGGACGCUGUGAACCGGGAGUAGCUUGCUCCGGAGCGGUGUUGCUGUUUUGUGUUCUCAGUGUGGCCGUUUGCUUCCAGCUUGCAGUUUCCUGGGAUGAGCUGUACAACGGGACCUGGUGGGCUCUGGGGCUCUAUGGAUUCCUGCUGUUCUGUUUGGUGGCAUGUAUUGUGGUCAUCUCGGCCCACCACCAGAACACACGUGGUCUCCAGUUCAAGGUGCCACUGGUUCCGUACAUCCCUGCGCUCAGUAUAUUCUGUAACAUCGAACUUAUGGUACAUCUGAGUUUCCUCACAUGGCUCCGGUUCUUCAUCUGGCUGUCGAUUGGUAUGUUGGUUUACUUCCUGUACGGGAUUCGCAACAGUAAAGAAGGAGAACUGGGAACGUCCUACUCGAUGCUCAUGUCAACUCAGGAAGCCAUCCGUGGCUGGGGGGCUACACAUUCGGCCGGCCUAACCGGAGGAACACGGGUAACGGUGACCAAGAUCGUGAAGGGACGGGUCAGCAGAAAGAGUGUCGAUAGACAAGCGAUCAUUGAUGAUGACGAUGAUGACUCAUAAGGUGGGAGGUUAAUGUUGCGGGAAAAUAAGCAAUUUAUAUACAUGCACAGUGUGGGAGAAGUCUUAUGUUGUUACGCUUAAUACUAGGUGGCACAAAAUGGGAUAAAAAGUAUUAUACGCAGAACUUUUUCUACGCCGUUACUGACUAUACACACGACGCUUCCAUUUUCUAUCAAUUAAGACGACGCAAACAAUUCUAGCCCAUUUUUUGUCACGCAGAAUUUUCGGGAAAAUCAUUUGCACUUUCAUUGGGUUUUGCGGGGAAAAUUAACAUACGGCUUGUAUGAAAUUGAGCAGUAGGAAGAUCAAACUUGAGCCCGGUAUGCUCGAAGAAAAAAGAAGUACACUUAGUUCGAGAGGAACAUGCAAAAAGGGCCUAUGUGUCAAACGUAAACGAAGGUUUUAAACCAUGUUGAAGCGUCGAUUUCUCGCGGAUUAAGACUCAUUCAGGCAAACCGACAGAAGCAUAUGGUAAAACAAGUUUGCUCUAUUGGAUCGUGUUGUUAAUUUGCGUGGGAAUAUUGUGAUUUAUGAGCAUUCGAUGUGUAAAGGCAUUGUUUUACAUUUGGCACAUGGUCCUAGUCACAUGUUACUGGAGAGUUAUUGAAUUACUUGGUACUGUCCAAACGCCUCAAUAAAUUUUCUCAAUGAACGACGGGGUAAGACAACUGGUGGAAACCAACGAUUUUAAAUUGGCUCACUGCUUUACUAGCCUAUUGGUCCCAAGCAAAUCGAUUAACUUACCCCAUUCUAGUCAAAAUUCUAGUUCUACACAAUGUUUGCAUUCGUUUGUCUCCCUUUCUCCCGUUGUUUCAUUCGUCUUUCUUUCAAGCUUCGGUGAAGCGGACGAGUGUUAAAUUUAACUUUCAACCACAUAGGAUAUUUAUCUAAAAAAAAGUAACGAAAAUGGGACAUAACGCAUAUUGAACAAAAUGACAGUGUCGGUGAAAGGAAUUGAAAGCUAUAAUGAGGCUUCGUUUCAACUCGAACAUCGACGUUACUUUCAUUGAAAGGGGUGAGCAAAGCGUUCAAAGCGUGUUUCUUUUUCAUUUUCGUUUCGUUUCGCUAGGCGUUAUAGAUAUGAUGCGUUAAACACGUUGUACGAAAGAAUCAAAACUUAAGUUCAUUUUAGAGCUUCGAAAGUUUAGAGCCCUGUUAUGAACGCCGUAUUGAAUUGGCUUCUUCAUAUCUCGAUAUUUCUAUGCAUCGAUUGUACUUUCGAUAGUGACGUAUAGGAGGCUCACUGCCUUUUUAAGCUUAAUGGAUCCUGCAAACCAGACUUAACACAGAUUUUAAAAAAACUUAAAGAUUGUCAAAAACCAUAUGCAAAUGAUUGAACCAAUUCUGUUAAUCCAACCUUGAAAACACGUGGAGCACAAAGCGCACUCACCUAUACUUUUACACCCGACCCAUUCAGUAUUUGUCACAAUUCCUUCGAAAGGUCUAACCGUAAAGCGUGCUAGAAUUUAAAGUAAAAAAUGUGUUGCUCUUGUUAUUCCGUAUUUGUACCUGGUACCCAUAGAUGAUUCCGUCACGUUAUUUCUUAUGAUCAAUCAGACCACCCCACGACCCAACAGAAGAAAAAAAAAACACUUUUUUGCUGACAUCAUACCUCACAGCAUCCAACGUCCUUUGUCGUUUUUGUUUAACCUAAGAUAGAUCAAUACCAAAAUCAAUGCAUUUAUGUAUAUUUAUGAUAGACUAACUUUUAGGAUUUAGUAAAUAAACUAUAUUAUUAACAAUAGUCUGCAAAACAAAAACUGGUAAACAAUAACACGUUUUCUUGUAAAGAGCAAGCUUUUCUACAAAACAUUAGUAGGUAUAAUUCUUUGUCGACUAGAGGUCUGAAUAGCUACCAAUUAUUAAAAACGAAGAAGAUAAACAUUAUUCAUAUAUAUAUAUAACUAUUAAAUAUAUACACAGUCCUUCACCAAAAAAAAAAGUAUAUUUAUCACCAGGUGUAAGUAUUAUAUAUCAUUCACACAUUGACCGCAUAAUUGAUUCACCUAAAGUUAGGAGAUAGUGACAAAUAGGUACCUACACACAAGUAUUAUGAUUAACCAAGAAAAAAAAAAGAACAAA